GAGUGGGCUUCUUACAAACUUGGAAUAUUCAUUUGUUUGAAUUGCUCUGGAAUCCAUCGCAAUCUUCCUCAAAUCAGCAGGGUCAAAUCCCUUCGGCUUGACUACUGGGAGAACGAUCUCAUAGAGUUUAUGAAGAAGCAUGGGAAUCUCUGUGCCAAAGCUAAAUAUGAGGCCAAAGUCCCUCCCUACUAUUACAUCCCCCAGUCCUGUGAUUGCUUGGUUUUAAGAGAGCAGUGGAUUAGAGCUAAAUAUGAGCGUGAGGAAUUUGUUGCCACCCGUGUCUGCCAAGAUCCUUGUUCUGCAGGUAGCCGUGAAGGAUUCCUCUGGAAGCGUGGGCGGGAAUGCAAACAGUUCCAGAAGAGGCGAUUUCUCUUAUCAGCAAGGGAAGGGGUGAUGAAGUACUACACCAAAGAAUCCAGAGGUCCAAAAGCCAUUAUCAGCAUUGAGAAUCUGAAUGCGAUGUUCCAGACAGAGAAAAUCCAGCAUGCUCAUGGGCUGCAGAUCACUUACAACACAGAUGGUCAAACAAGGAACCUUUUUGUCUAUCACGAAAGUGGAAAGGAAAUUGUUGACUGGUUCAAUGCCAUUCGGGCAGCACGUUACCAUUAUCUCAGAACAACCUUCCCAACUGUCCCUGAGCCUGAGCUCAUACCCAGGAUCACAAGAAAUUAUGUCAAAGAAGGAUAUAUGGAGAAAACAGGACCAAAACAGAAGGAGGCCUUUAAGGUGCGCUGGUUCUGCCUGGAUUCUCAAGAAAGGAACCUGAUGUACUUUAAAAAUCCACUGGAUGCAUUUGCACAGGGCCAGUUUUUUAUUGGAAGGAUGGAUGAGGGAUAUGAAGUACAAGCUGGCUUGCCCCAGGGAGUCCGGGUGAAGAAGAGGAAACCAGCAAUCACUGUGGUGACACCAAUGAGAGAGUUUGUGUUUGUAUGUGAGAACGAUAGGGAGCAGAGAGAGUGGAUAGACGCCUUAAACGGAGUCAUUGCCCAGCCUUUGACUGAUUGA